AUGCAUUUGACAGUUGUACUAGCAGCACUUGCUUUCUUGCACUUUCUACCAGAGGGCGCUAGCUUGCGAAGCUGUGAAAUAGCCACUCGUAAGAUAGUUCAUCGUUUUUAUCCACUGCGACACUGUCAACGUUCCAAUCGCACCGUGAUCGGUCUGAAGAAUGUGAAAACGGUACGUGAAUGUGCUGAUUUUGCACGCGACAAGCAGGGUUUGGCGUUCAACUUUGCACCGCUGGAUCGUAACAGCAGCAAUUGGUUUGAUUUGGUGAAGGAACGUGAGCAGAAUAAAUCCACCGUGCCACCAUGGAAACCACAGCCACCGCGUGUUGCGUACAAUUCGUUCGGGUUCGACGAUUUUUACAACUGCCAUGUGCUCGAUUGUCCAGAGUAUCGUAACCUUUCGACGGUUGUUAAUGAUACGCGAUUUGAUUACUACACGCUGUAUGCGAGAUUACUGCCUUCAGCAAACGCCACCUGCAUACCUUCGAUUGGGAUGUUUAUUUUUUCGGAUACUAGACAGAAUUACUCCAACGCGUACAACUCCUGUAUCACUGCUGGUGGCAGUCUGGCACACAUUGCUAGUGAUGCUAGAACGUUCCACUUGUCUAAGUAUAUUGCAACUUACUUACCGACCGGAAACUAUACAACGGCAAACUCUACCAACGAAACAACAGUUGAACCUCUGUACUAUGUGGGAUUGAACGAGACGUUAAAGAAUCGAUUUUUCACCUCAGCCGAAGAACGCUUGGAUAGCUUCAGCUUUCGAGCGUGGGCUCCAGGACAUCCGGACCGCAAUCGGCAACCGCCCAGCUGUGUGGCCCUAACCGAUGAAGGAUCCUGGAAAGUUUACAGCUGCAUCCGAUCAUUGCCAUACAUCUGCGAGCUGCACACCUCAGGGCCAGCUCUCUAUCCGCCAAAGCUGAAACGGAAAUGCUUCGUCAAACGUCCUAACAACAGAAAAGCUCCCUCCCGACGAACAACAACACUAUAG